GCGCUUACAUACCACCAUGCCCAAACCCAAUAUAUACCCUUCCCGAUCCCUCGUCCCCCCAAACAUAAUAUACACCAUGGCCCCUAACAAGAACAACCAGAUCGUCCUCAACGAGCGCCCCCAGAGAGGCCCCGUCACCGACACCACUUUCAGACCCAACGUCGCCGACGUUCCAGAGCCCAAGGACGGCGAAGUGGUGGUGCGCAUCGACUAUGCCAGUGUUGACCCCACUAUGCGAGGCUGGGUCGACGAUGUGCGAUCUUACCUUCCUCCUGUAGAAAUUGGAGCUGCUAUGCGUGCUCCCGGUCUUGGCACUGUCGUUGCUUCAAAGUCCGAUGCUUUCAAGGUGGGCGACCUCGCGGUCGGCCUUCUCGGGUGGCAGGAGUACUACGUCGGACCUGCUGAGGGUCUCACCAAGAGAGUGACCCCCGAAGGCGGCAAAGACAUUGACCACCUUGGUCUUUUCGGUAUGACUGGUAUGACAGCCUACGUCGGUAUGUUUGAAAUCGGCAAGGUCCAGGAUGGCGACCAUGUCCUCAUCUCUGGCGCCGCUGGUGCGGUCGGCCAGACCGCCACUCAGAUCGCCCUUGCCCAUCCCAAUUGCAAGGUCUCUGUCAUCGCAGGCUCCAAGGAAAAGCUCGACUACCUGAAGAAGCUUGGUGCUCACAAUGUCCUCAACUACAAGGACGCCGACUUCAAAGAGCAAUUCCAAAAGAUUGGAAACGUGGACGUGUACUUUGACAACGUCGGCGGAUCCAUCCUUGAUCUCACCCUCCGCCAGCUCAACCCUCACGCCAGAAUCAUUGGAUGUGGUGCCAUCUCUGCAUACAAGUGGGUCACAGGUACUUGCGAGACUUGCACAGGAAGCUGAUCGUCAUCAGUGCCGAGAAGCCUGAGCCUAUCUACAACUACUUCUGUCUCAUCACCAUGAAGGCCACAUUCCGAGGCUUCAUCGUAUUGGAACACACCAACCUUUUCCCCGAGGGCAUCGCCUACUUUGCCGACCUUGUCAAGAAGGGCAAGAUGGAAUUCAACUAUCACGUCGUCGAUGGCUUGGACAAUGCCGUUACAGCUUUGAGGGAGAUGUUCGAUGGUAAGAACCUAGGCAAGACUGUGGUCAGGGUAAGCAAGGAGGCGGUCAGGCAAAGCAAGCUCUGAGGAGCAUCAUAAGCAAUACAAUGUGAGAACUGCAUGUAUCGGAUCUUCAUACGCG